AUGUUCAAAGGAAAUGUUGCGGUGAUUUUCAUAGCAGUGAUUGUAUGUGCCCGACCCUUGUACGCUGAAGAAAUUGAAACGAAUAGGAUAGAUGAAGAACAAACUAAUGCAUCCAAAACUGAAAGGAGUGGACGAUCGUUGCAUAAAGAAUGCAAUAACGGUCUAAGUCCAAAAUGUUUGAAAAUCCACGUACUCUCUUUUCUAGAGGACCUAAGUUCUCGCGAUGAACUCAAUUUACUACCUGGACUUAGCAUAGUAAAAGAAAAUCAGAUUAACGUUACAAGUCCAGAAGAAAUGGCCGUGGAAUUAGCACGCCAGUUCCCUGGAAAACCUGAAGAGAAGUUGAACAGAUUUCUCUUAUAUCGAUUGCAAAACUAUUUGGAUGGACAUUCAUUGAGGUAUAGACUAUUGGAUACUGAGACAUCGAAGAAAGCUUUGAAUAUGGCUAAAGGUGAUAAGGAGUUUGAUAAGGAGUCUACGGGGAGGAAGAAAGAUGGCGGAUUUGGUGGUGGAAAAGGUGGCGGAGGUGCCUUACUUGCAGCUGCUUUGAUGAUGAAAGGUACAUUAGCUGCCGCUGCAUUAGGAGCCCUAGCACUCCUAGCUGGGAAGGCACUGAUGACUGCACUGAUGUCACUUCUGCUCUCUGCAAUAGUGGGCCUCAAGGGAAGCGGAGGCCACAAAUCUACCACGUACGAAAUCAUCACAAAACCUGAAUAUUCACAUCAACAUUCUCACAGCCAUGAAGAACACCAUGAGCAUGAGCAUGACCAUGGACACCAUGGCGGCUACAGACGAGCGUAUGACACUAACUACAACAAUAACUAUAACAGUUACAUGCCUUACGAUACUACAAAUAAUUAUAAGUUAGAUUGA